GGCCAUGAAUGCGAUAAGCUCGAAAAGGCUUCUGUUCUAGUGUCAACAUGAUCAAACAUGUUUGCUGCCACAUGAGAAGGAACUGAAGUUUUACUACAAAGAAGAACUUUUGGCUACUGACUUUUAAAGAGUCCCUGUGGAAUAGAAAAACCAGAGGACAACGUGAGGAGAAAAAGGAGUUUGACUGGAUUUGUUGACAUUUGUGGCACGGUGAAAUUGCAUAAAGAUGCUCGGAAGAAUGCAACGCCAUUUCUAAAAAUCGGAAUCAUUGGAAAUCUGAAAAAAUUUGGGAUUCCUGAAACAGUUUCAUCAUGUUGCAUGUGGAUUUCAGAUCACUGAUUCUGCCUAUUGGCAUUGUUCGGAUGGUGGAGGUGGUUCUAACAUGCAUCUGCUUUGCAUUGGCGGCAUCAGCGGGAAUCCCAAAUGAAGCCAAGUCCCAUUGGGCUUGGUGCAUGUUCUGCUGGUGCUUCUGCUGUUUCACAACCCUCCUGAUCAUCAUUUUGGAGUUUACCAACCUGAACACCAAAGUGCCCAUUUCCUGGGAAGACUUCACCAUGGCUUUUGCUAUGUUGGCUACACUUAUGAUGGUCACCAUUGCAAUCAUCUACCCCACGUUCUUCGCCUGCUCCUCCUGCUCCAGGCAGAUCGGGGCAUCUGCUGUGUCCUGGUUGUGUUUUGGGCUCUAUGCCACCGAGGUCUGGUUGGUCCACAAAAGGCCUGGUGAAACUAGCGGCUUUCUCACCACCAUUCCUGGUCUCCUCAAGAUCCUGGAGACAUUCGUCGCCUGCAUCAUAUUUAUGUCUUUGAGUCCCGUCGAAUAUAGGAAGUCUCCGGGAACAGAGUGGUGCGUGGCUGUCUACUCCCUUUGCUUCAUUUUUUCAUUGCUGAUUAUUUUCCUCACCAUUGCCAAGCUGUCUUCCAUCUUUCCAUUUUCUUUUGACAAUGUGGUCAUUAGCUUCAACAUCCUGGCUGUGGCUAUGUACGCAACUGCUGUUGUUAUCUGGCCGCUGUAUGCGUUUGACAAUAACUCACGUCCAACAGAUUGUAAACGCUGUCCGUGGGAUAAUCUGGUGGUGGUGACCUUCAUGACCGUCAUUAAUUUCUUAGUAUACAUUGGAGAUAUGGCCUACUCUGUUAAAAUAGUAUUCUUUACCCAACAUGGGCAAGAGUAACCCAUGCCAUAUCUUUGGUUUAACAUGAAAAAAUAAUGUAUGUAACGUGAGUAAGGAUGUUAUUGAGAGAGAGUUCUCCUAUUAAGGAGAGUCGCACAUGGUUAAUAUUUAUUAGCAAGUCAUGUUUCGUGGGUUAGUUUUGAAACCAUAUGUAGCCUACUACCGGUACUACAGUAUCGAUUAAUGUCACUCCGCAAUAAUAUACUUGACUGUAACUUUGUACAGUGAUUUUUAUUUUUAUAUGUUACCAAUCUUAUUUUUGUCUGUUGUUGUACAUUUUCGCAGAAAGCCGAAAGGUUGUAUGAUGUGAGAAAUAUUCAGAGACAAAUUAGAAGUUUUUGAGAUUUCGAAGCAGUUUUUAAUCUAAAGCCAGCGUAAGCAGUGUCACAAAAAAUGAAGAAAUGGUUGAAGU